CCCACGCCCGCGCGCUCCAUGACGGCGGCGACAAUGCCGCCGCACAAGCGAUCAAGGGACGAGGAAGAUAGUCUCAGCACCACAACAUCGACAAUGCCUCCUCCACAGAAGAGAUCAAAGGAGGAGGAAGAUAGGCUCAGCAUGCUGACGGAUGAUAUUCUGCUGUCUAUCUUGGGGAGACUCAAUUCACGUAUGGUUGUAAGGACAAGUGUGCUCUCUACACGGUGGAAGCAUCUGCCCUGGUUGCUGCCUGAACUCACCAUCGAUAUCAAGGAUUUCCUACCAGAUCCAUGCCCUGAACCUGUUGAGGAAAAUCAUAUAGAUCAAGCUAUGGUGUCUUUGACCAAAGCCACCAGGAGUUUCUUGGCUAAUCAACGCAGAGAAUCCGCCAUCUUAAAUCUGGAUCUUAGGCUCUACUUGAUCAACACGUUCAUGUGUGAAAUUGGCUCAUUGGUACGUGAUGCAGUUGAUGGUGGUCUAUUGAAAGAUUUUGAGCUCGCUGUUCUUGACAAGACAGAUCCCCGCGACUGUACUGAUGAGAAUAUGUUACAGCGUGCCAAAGAAAUGGAUAGUUUUUUCAGUACCUACCCAAGUGUGCCCCACUGCCUCACAUGGCUCUCCCUACAAAAUGUAAACUUUGGAAACUUGGACAUGCAUCAUGUCCUGUUUGAAUGCUGCAAGGAACUGAAGCAUCUAAGCCUCUAUCAGUGUGAUACUGGUUUCUGGUCUCUGUUUAAGAUUGAUGCACCAAGCUCAAAACUCUGCUUCCUAGAACUCAUCAAGUGUCGCUUUGGGAGACUUGAGGUGGCCUGCCUUCCAAAACUGGAGAAGCUCAGCUGGGAUGUUUGGGUAUCUGAAGGUGUCCCCUUAGCUUUUGGCUCUGUCCCGUCUCUUGAGGAAUUAGAACUCUCAUGUGGUGCAAUAUGCGAUCAAAAUGCAUUUAAACUAAGUGAGCUUCUACACGGAACCACAAGCAUACAUACUCUCACAUUGGAUUUCCAAGGAGAAAAACUUUGGGUAUUACCUGAAAUGAAGCAACUCUGCACAGCUUUCAGCAAGUUAAGGGAGCUGUGUGUGCGUGGUAUCUUUGUCGAAUUUGACAUUUCGUGGACAUCAGCCUUUCUCGUGGCUGCACCUUCUCUCGAGGUGUUACAGAUUGAGGUGUGGGAACAUCCAUGUGAUGCGGAUGACGACCGAGAGGGGUCCUUCUCUGAAAGAAGGAGUCCUCAUUGGGAGAUGGACUUCCAGGACUCCAAGAACUUGCAUUUGAAAGAACUAGAAUUUGUUGGCUUUAAGUCACUAGAAGAACAGUUUGCAUUUAUAAGAUCUAUUCUGCAGCGAUCUCCCAACUUGGAGAAGAUAGUCUUGAAAAGGGAGGAGCAAUGCGACUACUGUGAUGCUUUUGAUGUACCAUCAAAAUUCCCCAAGAAGGAUGAGCAAGACAUGGUCGCUGGGCGAAUUAGAGAUGGCAUAUUCUCACCGCAAAUUAUUUUUGAUGACUAAGUUGUAGUAAGUCAUAUAUCUCAGGCUAAAUAGUUAUUGAUUUCCAAGUUGUAACAUCGAAAGUGUUUUGGCAUUAUUAUUUCUGAAUAUUCUCCUAUACGAGGAUUGGACAAAUAUGAAGUAUGCGUAUAGCAUCUUGCACGGGCGUAUGUGGGUUAGUACAUGUAAAGUAUUGGUCA